GGACAAUCCCUUGAUGCAAACCUCCGAGUCAAAACCACCAUAGUUUGCUUCAAAUAUCGAAGAUUCUGAUUUUUAGAGGCCAGCUUUUGGGAAAGGGCACUGCACUGCAUGCUGCUACUGUUCUGGAAAGAGUAAAGAAGAUUAUGAGGGAGAGUUUGUCCCUCUUCAGACUUUCGGGACUGAGGGUGUACCUGGUUUGAUAUUCCAAAGAGUAAAUGGAUAUUGUCGGUCACUAUGCCAUAGUCUCGAUCUGUUAUAAGCGAAAAGCCUCCCCGAAUCAAGAGCUUCACAUCGAACAUGAAAGAAAUCCAAGAUCUGGAUGGACCAUGGCCAGAUUAUUGAUGGUUCUGCGCCUGAUGCUCUCCUUAGCGUGUCUUCACUCCACCAAUCUCGACUUUGUGACCAUACGCAGCUUAACUUUGAAGGGAUUGGAACAGGUCUCAAAUAAUUCACUACUUUCUAAUAUUCCUAUGCAGUCAAUCUUCCAAAUCAAAGUCGGGGAAGGAGAAGCCCGGCCUGCAUCAAGACUUAAUUUCAACACCACACUUUGUACUACUUCCAUACUUUUUGCAGCUUUUCCUCUGAACCAUUCUAUACGUCCAACUAAACGCACUAUAUUUCCCUUCAUCUCUGUUGCAGCACUCUUAAUGUCGAAUGAGCUAUAACACAUAUUACGCUUCAUCGUGCUCAAUCAAAACUCGCCAGCUGCACUUAUUACUCACGAACUACCUCCAACAAUCGUCGUAUAUACGCACUAUCAUCGGGUAUUCCCCAGUCAAGCGGCUCCAAGGCACGAUACCGAUCGUCAUUUCAGCUUCAGCCUUUUAGCCAGUGCUGGAUGGGGCGUUGGUUGGUGGCGAGGUGAUUGGUUGUGAGCUCGAGUUGGCGUGAA